GCUUAUUGCAUUCUGAAAAUCUUACUGUAGCGUUACCACAGUAACAUCCGCGGAGGUACGGUGCGUUCAUCAUCGGUAUUGAGGAACUCCUGUCUUUAUGAAAUGUGUUUGGGAGAUAAUGAGUUGCAAUGAUUCGAAUGUCCGGCAAUGGAACCAGUUGCAGGAAUCAGAUUUCUUGGGUGGGGAAAAUAUAAACUGAUAGUCCAUCUGGUUACGAUAAGCGGUCUUUGAUAUGACGGUUCCGUGCUGGAUCAGCUUCGGCGGCAGUGCACGUGACAUCACUGGCGUUUAAAAUGGGCCGCGAUCCUGUCAGAGCAGAAAAGAUACAGAGAACUGGAGGUGCGGAUACAUUGCGCGGACAGAGAAUUUCUUCUACCCUCAAAACACCUAAUUUGAAAAAAAAAAUUUUAAUCAAACGAUGUUUUCUAGAGGUUACCCAGAGUAGUAGAAAGUGUGGAAUAAUUGCUUGGUAAAGUUGUUUGCCAGUUGUGACAAGGUGUUUGGGCAUACAGUCACAGACUUCCUUCCGAAAAGAUGGAGGCUGGACGAGGCUGUCCAAGGUCAUUGGUCCUUUGGACUCUGCUGGGGCUUAUUUCUAUUACACAAGCCCUCAAUCCGGAUGACCCCAACGUCUGCAGUCACUGGGAGAGCUACGCGGUGACUGUCCAGGAGUCGUACGCUCAUCCUUUUGACCAGAUCUACUACACCAGAUGCACCGACAUCCUCAACUGGUUCAAGUGUACCAGGCACAGGAUCAGCUACAAGACGGCGUACCGGCGGGGCGUGAGGACCAUGUACAGGCGCCGCUCGCAGUGUUGCCCGGGUUACUUUGAGAGCGGAGACCUGUGUGUCCCUUUGUGUACGGAGGAGUGUGCUCAUGGCCGCUGUGUGUCACCUGAUACCUGCCAGUGUGAACCAGGGUGGGGAGGCCUGGACUGCUCCAGUGGUUGUGAGAGUGACUACUGGGGGCCGCACUGCAGCAACCGCUGCCAGUGCCAGAAUGGGGCGCGCUGCAACCCCAUCACGGGCGCCUGCGUCUGCACCGACGGGUACCAGGGCUGGCGCUGCGAGGAGACCUGCGAGCCGGGCUACUACGGCAAGGCCUGCCAGCUGCCCUGCCAGUGCCUGAACGGCGCCACCUGCCACCACGAGACCGGCGAGUGCCUGUGCGCGCCCGGAUACACCGGAGCCUUCUGUGGAGAACGCUGUCCCUCGGGCAGCCACGGCCGCCAGUGUGAGCUGCGCUGUCCCUGCCAAAACGGUGGGGUGUGUCACCACGUCACCGGGGAGUGCUCUUGCCCUGCAGGUUGGACGGGCUCCGUCUGCGCCCAGCCGUGCCCGUUUGGCAAGUUUGGCAUCAACUGCAGCCAGGAGUGCCCGUGCCGCAACAGUGGGCUUUGCGACCACAUCAGUGGGCAGUGCCAGUGUGCGCCAGGCUACAGCGGGGAGAGGUGCCAAGAGGAGUGCCCAGUUGGCACCUACGGCCCUCAAUGCGCUCAGAAGUGCAACUGCCAGAAUGGCGCCAAGUGCUACCACAUCAACGGGGCGUGCUUGUGUGAUGAGGGCUUCAAAGGGGACAACUGCCAGGAGAGAUUCUGCCCCCCGGGGCUCUACGGCCUCAUCUGUGACAAGUACUGCCCCUGCAAUGCUAGCAACACCCUCAGCUGCCACCCUCUGUCUGGAGAGUGCACAUGUAUGGUGGGCUGGGCGGGAUUGUACUGCAAUGAGACGUGCCCGGCUGGUUACCACGGAGAGGGCUGCAGCCAGCCGUGCGACUGUGCCAACGGGGCCGACUGCGACGGCAUCACCGGAGCCUGCAUCUGCGCCCCUGGGUUUAUGGGAGAUGACUGUUCUGUAACUUGCCCCCCUGGACUGCAUGGAAUAAACUGCUCAUCCCCCUGCUCCUGUCGAAAUGAGGCUUUGUGCUCCCCCAUCGACGGCUCUUGCGUCUGCAGAGAAGGCUGGCAGGGUGUGGACUGCUCCAUUCUCUGCUCCAGUGGGACCUGGGGCCUGGGGUGCAACCAGUCCUGCCUAUGUGCCAACGGGGCAGCUUGUGACCCUGUGGACGGCUCCUGCACCUGCUCCCCGGGCUGGAGGGGGGAGCACUGUGACACACCCUGUCCCGAUGGCACAUAUGGGCUGGAGUGCCGGGAGCGCUGUGACUGCAGCCAUGCUGAUGGCUGUGACCCGGUGAGCGGGUACUGCCGGUGCCUCGCUGGCUGGACAGGGGUCCACUGCGACAACGUCUGCGUCCAGGGCCGCUGGGGACCCGACUGCUCCAUCACCUGCUCCUGCGAAAACGGCGGCUCCUGCUCCCCCGAGGACGGGACCUGCGUCUGCGCCCCUGGAUACCGUGGGACGUCCUGCAAGCGCAACUGCCCUCCUGGGUUCUACGGUCAGCGCUGUAGCCAGGCCUGCCCACAGUGUGUACACAGUGCCGGACCCUGUCACCACAUCACCGGACACUGCGACUGUCUGCCCGGCUUUUUCGGCUCUCUGUGUAACCAAGUGUGCUCCAGUGGCAGGUAUGGAAAAGGCUGUGCAGAUGUCUGCCUCUGCACCAACAACGGCACCUGCAACCCCAUUGACGGCUCCUGCCAGUGUUUCUCCGGCUGGAUUGGAGAUGACUGCUCCCAGGCCUGCCCUCCAGGACACUGGGGUCCUGACUGCAUCCACCUGUGUAACUGUCACAAUGGAGCCCAGUGCAGCGCCUAUGAUGGGGAGUGCAAGUGCAGCCCAGGCUGGACCGGCCUCUACUGCACUCAGCGCUGCCCCUCUGGGUUUUUCGGGAGGGACUGUGCGGAGGUGUGUCGCUGCCAGAACGGGGCAGACUGUGACCACAUCAGCGGGCAGUGCACCUGCCGCACCGGAUUCAUGGGGACCAGCUGUGAGCUGAAGUGUCCACCCGGGACCUUUGGUUAUGGGUGCCAGCUCCUGUGUGAGUGUCUGAACAACGCCACCUGUGACUAUGUAACAGGAACCUGUUACUGCAGCCCUGGGUAUAAAGGCAUCCGCUGUGAUCAGGCUGCCCAGAUGAUGGAAGAGUUGAACCCCUACACUAAGAUCAGCCCGGCGCGGGCGUCAGAGCGCCAGUCUGUGGGCGCGGUGAUGGGCAUCAUCUUCCUCCUGCUCAUUAUCAUGUCCAUGCUGAGCCUGUUUGUGUGGUACCGGCUUAGGCAGCGGGAGAAAGGUCAUGACAUGCCCAGCGUCUCCUACACCCCUGCCCUGCACAUCACCAACACCGACUACUCCCUCUCCGACACCUCUCAGAGCAUUAGCAAUGGCCAGUGCUUCUCAAACCCCAGCUACCAUGCACUUGCCCACUGCAGCCUUGCUCCUCACCUCACCAACAACCUGGACAGCAGAACUACUGCCAAGACGCAAAGCCAGACGGGAAGCAGGACCAGCCUGGACUGGAGGGGCUACCGAAACCUCGGCGAGCUCGAUUACAUGAAGGGCUCCAUGUGCAGCUCCAGCACCUGCUCCCUGAACAGCGAGAACCCCUACGCCACCAUCAAGGACCCGCCCGGCGUGGCCUGCAAGCACACCGAGAGCAGCUACGUGGAGAUGAAGUCCCCCACCCACCAGCUGUCCUUCUGCUCCUCCGCCACGCCCACCCCCACGGCCACCAAGAACAUCUACGACGUGGAGCCCACGGUGAGCGUCCUGCAGGGAGGAGGCGGGAUGGUGCCCAGUUUCCCCCAGGACCCCUACGACAUGCCCCGCAACAGCCACAUCCCCAGCCACUACGACCUGCUGCCCGUGCACCUCAGCCCCACCCACUCGCCCCCGCCCCCAGACAGCCCCCCCAGCUCCCUGCUGUAGGGCAACCGACCCCCCACGGAGACGCUGCUGGCCU